UUCAACUCUACCUCACCUCUACCUCAACUCUACCCCACGUCUUGGCUGCAUGAUUGUCCCUCUAUAAACACACGACCACAGAGGUGGAUUUCUGCAGAAAUAUAAAAUGUUGCAUCAAAACCUGCACCUGAAACUAACGUAAAAACCACGACGGUCAUCGUUUCUACAUGUUUUAAUACAUAUGAUGUCUAUAUGUUGUACACAUGCAGGUGUUGGGAUGCCAAAUGAGCUGGACACCAUGGAGCACAGGUUGAAUCAUCUGGAGAGCAAAGUCAUGGAGGACUUGGGGAAGACUCCGGAUGUCGUCUGUGAGCUGAAGAGCCAGGUGGAGUCUUUCAAGAGGAAGCUGGAGAGUGUGAAGCACCUAAGCUGGAUGGGUCUCUUCAAGGAGGACAGCGACCAUCAGCUCUCCAACUUGUCCCCGAAACCCAAAAGCUCUCAGCUGAGUGUGCAGGAGCAGCGCCAACAGGUCCGCAGGAAGUUCCUCAACAUGAGCUCUCUGCAUGUGACAGAAGAAGUGAGGGAGCAUCUGAAAACUCCCAUCUUUGACAACUGGCAGUGGGAGGAGGCGGAGAUGCUGGUGCUCCUCCAGGUGAUGUUCAUCGACCUGGACUUCCUGAUGGCGUUCCACAUCCAGCUGGACGUCCUGCAGAACUUCCUGUUCGAGGUCUACUGCCACUACAACAACAUCCCGUUCCACAACUUCAGGCACUGCUUCUGCGUCACUCAGAUGCUGUACGGGCUCAUCUGGCUGACGGACCUCAGGAGUAAAAUAUCCAGAAUCGACCUGUUGAUCAUGUUGACCUCGGCUCUGUGCCACGACCUGGACCACCCCGGCUACAACAACGUCUACCAGAUCAACGCUCAGACCGACUUGGCUCUGCGCUACAACGACAUUUCCCCCCUAGAAAACCACCACUGUGCCGUCGCUUUCGGCAUCAUGACCAAGCCGGAGUGCAACAUCCUCAAAAACCUGAGCAGCGAUCAGUACAAACACAUCCGAGGAGGAAUGAUCAGGUGCAUUCUGGCCACCGACAUGGCGAGACACAACAACAUCCUCAACAAGUUCAGAAGCAUUCAACCGGUGUUCAACUUCACCAACAAGGAGCACAAGGAAGUGCUGAUGAACAUCAUGGUGAAGGUGAGCGACAUCUCCAACGAGGCGAGGCCGAUGGCGGUGGCCGAGCCCUGGCUGGACUGUCUGCUGCAGGAGUUCUUCAACCAGAGCGACACGGAGAAACUCAAAGGGCUCCCAGUGGCUCCUUUCAUGGACCGAGACAAAGUGUCCAGACCGUCCUCUCAGACCAGCUUCAUCCGGUUUGUCCUCCUGCCGCUCUUCACGGAGCUCACCAAGCUGUUCCCCUGCCUGGAGAAACAUAUUCUGGAGCCGGUGAGACGAGCCCUCGAAUAUUACUCUGACCUGGAGAGAGCCAGCAAGCAGGAGGAGGAGGGGAGGAGCAGCACAACAGGAGGAGCUGGUGGAGGAGAAGGAGGUAUAGGAGGAGCACAGGAUGAGAUUGUAUAGGAGGAAUACACUAGUCCAGAAUACUUUCCAUAUCAGGAUGUAAGACGGAUCUCCAGAAGUGAGUCAGAGGAAGUUCUGAUAUCUGAAGAAAGACUUCCUGAAUAUUAUAAUGAGCUCAGUUUCCUUCAAUAUUUAAGCUUUUAAAAACAUUUUAUAUGUUGUUGUUGAGAGUUUGUCUGAUAUUCUGAUAUUUGAGAUGUUUUCUCUCUGGUUUGAAAUUGUUUGUCAUUUAUUUUGAUUGAUGUGAAUCUAAAAGACAAUAAAUAUAAA